CGGCAGUAGCGGCCGUGGCGGGCAGUUUGUUUGACCGUUGGGGGUUUAUUGCUCCGAGAAACAUUGGAUGAUCCUAUUCUAUAACAAACAUGAAGUACUAUAUAUGUUUUCGUAGAAGUAACGACAACAGUUUGAUGAUAAGUCGAACUUUACCCAUAAUAACGAAUAACGAUGGCAGAAAUUGGCCAUGCAAGCACCGUAGUUAACGAGAGCGUUGUAGAUGGCAAAGAUGAGAGCUCUAGCACGAAAUUGCCCAUUUUGGAAUUCUUGUCGACAGGAACCGUGAGGAUACGGCCAAUGAUGCGUUCACAGCCGGCGAGCAGCUACCCUAUCAUCCGCCGUCUGCGAUCUGUCUGUGACCGCCAAUGGACUCACCCUCUCCCAGUCGGGGUCUUUCUCAUUCGCCACCGAGAGGGCCUCUUUCUCUUCGACACCGGCCAAUCUCCAUGUUGCAAUGAUGCAGGUUACUUUCCACGCGCAGCGCUGUUCAACAAGGUGCUAAGCAACUUCACCAUUGAGCCGAGCGAUGGCAUCGUCCAGCUACUCAGCCGGCAGGGCGUCAAGCCAACAGACUUAAAGGCGGUGAUACUAAGUCAUCUCCACAAUGACCACGCCGGCGGCCUAGAGGACCUAAUCGCCGCUUCACCAGAUCUGCCAGUAUACGUCAGUCGCGAGCAUUGGAAGGCUUUUGGCGAGCACCCUUUUUUUGCGGGUAUGGAGGGAGCCACGCCGAAUCACUGGCCCAAGAACUUUUCGCCCAAGAUCAUCGACUAUGAAGAUCGACCUGUUGGGCCUUGGAAGAAAUCCUAUCCGCUGACAUCUGAUGGCAAGAUUGUCGCUGUGGAUACCUCGGGCCAUGUAGCGGGGCAUCUUGCCCUCCUGGUCUUUGGGGAAAACGGGACCGGAGAAGCGACGACAUACGUCCUCCCUGGAGAUGCGACAUACGGCAUUGAUGUUCUGGAUAAAGAAGAGCCGGAUGGAAUCAACGAUGAUCCCGCCCGUGCUCUACAGAGCUUGAGGCUAAUUAAGGAGUUUGCAAGACAGACCGACGUCGUUGUAUUGCCGAGCCAUGACACCAACACGCCACGCUUCCUCGCCGAAGGGGUCGUGUAUCGGCCGAAAUGAUGGUUUUUAAGCAAGACCGUUGUAUUUUUAUUAGACCUUGGAAAUGAAUUAUAUAGAUCCGCUUUGGAUAUAUGUAUAGAGGUUAAUAUAUAGCCAA